UCUGUGUAUUUAUAUUGUUAUUGCAUCUUUUGAUAUCCUUUAGACCAGUGAUUUGCCUCUGAAACAGGUUAUUGUAAUCGCAUGUGAUUACAAAUUACCGUCUAGCUUGAAUGCAAAGAAAUUUUGCGGAUAUGAUUCCUUGUAAACGAUUGUAUUUGAUAUACACGAUAAGCUGGGUUGUGGCUUUGUGCGUCGAAGCACACGUGGAAUCUCCAUCCUUCAAAUACUCCCGACAGGCAAACGAAGCUGCGCAGAAGCGCGCCGCAUAUCUUCACGCAGAUCACGGCAACAGCCAAGAAAACUACAACACUUUACACGUCAGCUACCACCUUGGACAUUCUCAUGGACAAGACCAUGAUCAGCGUAGACAUUUCUUUGAAGAUGAGAAUGAACAUUCCCAUCAUGAUUACUCUUCUCGGCACGACCACGGUUAUUCUGACGCCCCUUACCACAAAAUCCAAGGAGAACACUUCCAUGGACACCGCAAAAAAGAGACUCCACUAGACAUAACAACGUUGUGGAUGCAAGCAAUUGGGGCGACACUACUAAUUUCAGUUGCCCCAUUUUUGAUUCUAACACUCAUACCCAUUGCUGGUCGCACCGGCCAUGAGGACUUUUUAAAGACUUUGUUGAGUUUUGCAUCCGGUGGACUGUUAGGUGACGCGUUUCUCCACCUAAUUCCUCAUGCAAUGAACCCUCACAGGCACAUCGGACCAAAUGACUCGAAAGAUGAUCAUCACGAGCACUUGCCUUCAGACGAACAUGGCCACCACCACGACAAUACUGUGGGGCUCGGCGUUCUUCUGGGUAUCCUAGCAUUCCUUAUUGUGGAGAAAUUUGUUCGUAUGGUUAACGGCAAUCAUUCGCACGGAGAUCACGGUCACAGCCACUCACACAGGAUCAACACGUCACCCAGUGCUACCGAGUCCACUACUGGCGAUAAAAAGGACAUGGCAAAAGAGUCGAAAAAAUCAAAAGGGCUGAAAAAAGUGUCAAAGGAAACAGCUGCUGGAGAUCGCAAGGCAAGAGAGGAUACUAAAUUAACCAAGCUUUGUGACCGUGAUUCUGAUGUAGAAGGAUCGGACAUUCGAGUAGCAGCGUAUCUCAACCUCGCUGCUGAUUUUGCUCAUAAUUUCACUGAUGGCCUUGCCAUAGGAGCAUCGUUCCUUGCAGGCAACACUGCAGGCAUUGUAUCGACAGUAACGAUUUUACUGCACGAAGUGCCACAUGAAAUUGGUGAUUUCGCUAUUCUUGUUCAAAGCGGCAUGAGCAAACGCAAGGCAAUGUGUUUGCAAUUAGUCACAGCGAUUGGCUGCUUGUCAGGAACAAUGGUGUCUUUACUAGCAGGCGGUGUUGGGGCUGCCCGUUGGGUUUUGCCUUUUACUGCAGGAGGAUUCAUCUAUAUUGCUACGGUGUCAGUUAUUCCGGAAUUGUUAGAGAAAACGCGGUUCUGGCAAUCUGUUAAAGAAAUCAUAGCACUUGUUCUGGGGGUUGGCAUGAUGAUGUUUCUUACGGAAUUCGAAAGUGUAUAAGUUCGCGAAUAUACAAAUAUGGGCUAUUUUUGUUAACCGAUUGUGAAAAAAUGCUUGAGAUUUUCUAUGGGCAUAAUCUUUGUUGCACAAAGAGCUUUUUGUUAUACAAAGAUCCAUCCCUAUCCUCAUCCCGUUGUUUCAUAUCUCCAUUUCUGUUUUUAGUCAACAUAUUUGCUCUUAUAAAACUGGAAACAGCAACAUUUGUUGUAAAGAUAAGUAUCCAAGGUACUUCAUAUGAACAUAUUUCGCCUGACACUAUAUUAUGUUUCUCAUGAUAUCUCUAAUGACUACAUGUGGCCUGAAGCACACUAAACUAAUGCUAAUUUAGAACAAUGUAUGGCAAAACUUAUGGCUUAAGCAUCGCUACUUAUUAAAAAGAACGUUAUUAAAGAUAUAAAGAGCGACGAAAGUAUAAGUAGUCCUUUUCAUGAAAAUUAUUACAUGGAUAGGGAGCAGGACAAAUAACAGACAGAUUAUUCUUACUCAGAGCGGCGUAUCAAUGUGCGUGUGACAUUUGUAACAGAGUGAAUAAAUAGUGUUGUGCACUACCCGUAUAUCUGCACGAUACAAACAAACAUUUAAGCAAUUCAUAUAUUUGUUUACCAUCUUCUGUUAUGUCACUACUAUACAACACGAUGCAUGUAAAACGAUAAUUUGUAACGGACACUUCUUUCGUUAAUGCCUAUUAAAUGAAAUAUAUGAAGCCGUUUUAUGACUGCUGCUAGGUCGGAUACGAUUAAGGUAUAAGAGCUCUAGCCUUAAGCCGGUAUGUUGUCAAACUCCAGGCAACGGGCUCUUCCUUUAGAAUUUGGUGGCAGCGACUAAACCUAUGAGAGCGAUUUAACCACCACCUGAAGGCCGGAGAGCUGCCGAUUACGGCUUAAUUACAGAACACGGAGACAAAACAAGGAACAUGAAAGCCACCGGUCGGAUCACCACAAAAGGCGAAUCACUCCGAACUCGUUUGCUAUAGGAGGUACACUGCCCUUGAACCAACGGUUAGUACCAGUAGCAGCACUCAGUCGUGGUCCGCAAAAUCGCUGGCGUUGAAGCAGAGACCAAGAGGCAGACAAGAAGCAGAGAGACCCAGCCGCUAAGUAGUAUCAGCGAAAAAAUUUGGCGGACGAGAAAGCUGGUGUCUAGGUAGACCAGGGGUUUACGGGGAAAAAGCGGUCAUACACGGUACGAAGUUGCCAGAUUUGCUCCGUGAAGGCUCCAGUAAAAGAAAGCGUCUAGGACGCACUAUGAAGACGGCCGAAGUGUGAGGACUACAUUCCAUUGGAGGAAACGUGGGGCGACGACGCGAAGCUGGUAGGAAAGUGGCCGGGAUGAAAACCCAAGACCCGUGGUACACCGAGUUGCAAAAGGCACUAAUGCACAGGGAACACGUGGAUGCUAAGUGGACGCAGGAUGACUGGUAUCAACGAUCAGAUGUUGAAAUCAAGAAAGUAAAAAAUAAACAGAUGCGUGUGUAUAUACAUAUAUAUAUACGGGUGUAGGCGCAUGUAAGCACAGAAAGGGGGACAAAAUCAACCUUAGCCCACCGUACUUGUACUAGACCAUAUUAUACUAGGGCUAACAGCUUACCGAGUGGUAAACACAGCACCAUGUGCAGUCGAAGACUACAUUUAGAAGUAAUAUUUGUUAUUUAUCGAAGUUUCCAAUCAAAAUCUGGGGUUCAUUGCAGUGAUAUUUUGCAAGUGUUGUCUUACCAUUUUCAACUAGGCGGCAAUGUGAAUGAAAAAAAUUGCGUGGGCUUAUAUAGCUCAAGUAAGUGUCAAGUAAUUCUCUUGCAAAAAGCCAUUGUGUGGCGUGGCUUGUAAAGCAAAAGCGUUAUUGGACCCUCUUUGUUCGGAAAUAACGAGCUGCAGCCAGUUAAGGGCGAGUUGUGUCGCGACAUAUCAUAAACCUUUUUAUAGACUGAAUGAAGUCUAUUCAAGGCGAGAAACCUUAGUUUCACCAGGAUGGGAAACAAUAAGUUCGCUAGAAGCCUUGUUCUCAGACCGACUGGUCUCGAUUUGCGUUGAUAUAGAGUGGCCGUC